AUGCGUCUAACAGAUCAGCCUCACAAGUGUUCAGAAUUUAUUUUCCAAAGAGGACUGCUACUGUUUCUUAUCCACUUUCAUGUUAUUGCACCAUGCCCCAAGAGCUGCCAGUGCUCAGAUAACAGUGGAGGUGUAGUGGUCCACUGCAGCUCCAGAAACUUGGAAGAGAUACCUAUAGACCUUCCAAUGGAGACUGUGUCCUUAAAGCUGGAUGCCAACAGGAUUCAUCAGGUACCAAACAACGCUUUCAAAGAUCUCACCUAUCUACAAGAGCUAGAUCUUUCAAAAAACUCUAUUGAGAAGAUCGAGCUGUCGGCUUUCAAAGGAGUAGCUGACGGGUUGAGGUUGUUGGAUCUGUCUGGAAAUCAGAUUCACAGUAUCCCCAAAGAAGCCUUGGCUAAUCUAAAAGGCAAAAUCCGCCUCUCCAGCAACCCAUUGCACUGUGACUGCAGCCUUCAAGAGAUGUUAAGGGAGUUGAAUUUGGAUCCGGACACAGUCAAUGACAUUUCCUGCGAAACUUCUGUAUUGGAGGAGUAUGUGGGUAAACCUCUGAUCCAGGUUCUAGACUCUGGAAUUAAUUUUUGUAACAUCCACCACAGAACAACUGAUGUAGCCAUGUUCAUUACUAUGUUUGGCUGGUUCACCAUGGUUAUAACAUAUGUGGUUUAUUAUGUGAGACACAACCAAGAGGAUGCUAGGAGACAUUUGGAGUACCUCAAGUCAUUGCCCAGUACUCAGAUAACCAAAGACUUUGAUACUAUCAGCACUGUGCUGUAG